AUGACCACUGUACAGGAGAAGUACAAGGAAAGGAUAAAACAGAAGCUGGUGGAGCAAGCGGCUGCAGCAGCAGCAGAGAAGGCAGCCAGGCAGCGUGAAUUCACCAUGGGGAAGCUGGCAUAUGGCAAGGGCCAAUACAAUGCCUCUGUCCAGCUAUUCACUCAGGCGCUGGACAAAGAGGGUCCCUUCAGCCCGCUGGGAGGCGAAGUGCAGUUGUGGCUUGCUCUCGCAUACCAGGCAGUUGGGAGGGAGCAAGAUUGUAUAGACAUGUACAAGACACUGGAGAACACGCAUCCAAACCCCCAAAUAAAGAAGCAGGCCGCAAACCUGCGCUUCAUCAUGGAAGCGCCAAAGUUGAGGCUUGGACCUGACGAGCGAGUCUCCAUACCUGUGAUUGAAACCAGCAACCGCUUUGCGCCAGAGAGGAGCUUCAGAACGCGGACUCCACCCAGCAGCAGGAAGAGCGGGCAGCAGAGGGAAAUGACUUGGGAAGAACGCCUCUUUGAAGAGUACCGGCCCCCACAGCUAGUGCCCAACAAGUAUGUGCUCGUGGCAAGCAUUAUUCUGGCGGAGUUCCUGCUGGUAAACACAGGCUUGCUGUACCAGGAGUAGGGAGUUUGAAGUGCUUUGGAAACAAGCAUCUUACACAGUAGUAGAUAGGGAUCAGAUUAUGAAUACAAACAGCCGACCUACUUGCAUGCUGGUUGGCAUGCUGAUCAGGAUGGAAGUUUCUUGAAAAGUCUGAGGCUAUGCUCAGUCUUCAGAUGGCUUUCAAUGACACAAGAUCUUUGUAUAUUUACUUAAGCAGACCAGUCUGAUGCCUUGAUGGUGGGGACGAUGGCAAGCAAAUGUUCUUUACUAUGCAGACUAAUGACUGGCAAACAAAGGGUUCAGCAAGGUGUGCUACUUGAGCGCAUGGCUAUAUGCGCACAUGGUAUAUUGCUAGAGAGAUAUGCAGGUGGAUGAUUGCAGUGUGCUACAUGCGUGUUAUGAUUACGCUGGUGA